GAUAUAUUGUCCUUGAGUGCAAGGGUUGCCAGACCCAAAUUGGUCUCACGCGCACAUCUCUAAUUCAUUUUAUUUGGAUUUUAGGCGGCUUAAACAUGUCAGGCCAAGUUUGCGUUUUACAAUGUAACCAAUGCAAAAUGUACCAGGGAAGCAUGGUCAAGAAAGCCAAGAAAUGGGAUUGUAAAAUUUGCGGACAAAAACAAGAUCUGAUUACGGAGAUCUUCCGAGGAUCUGGGCCAGAGUGCCGGGCCAAGGUGCAGCUUCUGAAUUUGGAGCGCGGAAAGCGAGAGGAACAGCGAAAUAAUACUUUAGUUCACACAGCCCAUAUCCAUUCCAACCAAAUCUCAGAUGAAGAUAACCCUGGCUCUGAAAACAUUCCGCAGGAAAAGAAAACCAGCAAGUGGGAUAGCUAUGUGGAUGAACCCUUGGAGGCUAGACCGAGAGGUUGCACCCAAACCCACCAAGAUGAGGACAUGGAACUAGCCGAAGGCCUUCCCAUGAACUUUAACAAAUCCAAAAGGAGAGUCCCCCGAUCCUUGAAACGUCCUGCUGAAAGUGAACCCCUUGUGGUCAAGAGAAGCUCCAAAUGGGAUGAUUUUGUAUGAAAUCUUUAAGAGAUUCCCCUCAAAAACCAUCAAUAAUGUUAUUCUCAUUCUAUAUGUUUUAUUAAAAUCUUAUCCGCUCUCGUACAUAUAUAUAAUUAUUUGUGUGAGACGCGGGAGGACCAAUGUGUUGACAUCUAA